AUGUUGAUGCGUUAUUAUGAAGAAGAUGGCAAAAGAGUGUAUACCUUAAAGCUUAUCCAUAAUGGUAUUCCGACUCAGUCAGCACAUCCAGCCAGAUUCUCUCCAGAUGACAAAUUUAGCAAAUAUCGGCUUCAAACAAAGCUUCGUUUUGAUCUUCUGAAACUGGACGAGAAAACGAUGUAA